AUGCUUGUUCCCGACAUGAGACAGCUUGGCGAUGUUUAUACAAAAGUCGAGUUUAGACAGCACAAAGACGCGAAGCCCCAAUUUGUCGAAGAGUUUAUUAACCAGUGGACCAUGUAUUGCGAAGACAUCGAAAAAGGCCAUAUUGGAAAAGGAAUCACCGAAGAUUUAUUAGAAAACGAUCUAUCAGCUGACCAGCAGAUGCAGCUCUAUGAAUUAAUGAAAGAGACAACAAAGCCGGCGCCGCAAUUCGCCAUGCAAGACCCAUUUGGACAGAAGAAACCCUCUUAA